AUGUCUGCCAUUGGCUCUCUGAUUUUCUGCACAGACUGCGGCAACUUGCUGCAGGAAAGCACUGGUUCUCCUGAUGCGAUACUGGUCUGCGAAGUUUGCGGCGCAAAAAAUAGAGAUAUUCUCCCUCAAACUAUCAUCUCAGAGUCCAAACCUAACGCCUUUCCUUCUGCUCUGAGAGCAAAGCGAUCUGCCGUGCAGACAUUGACCGCCGAGGACAGAACAGUCGAGGCUGUCACCCAAAAGACGUGCGACAAAUGUGGCCGGAAAGAAAUGUUCUUCACCACUGCCCAGUUACGAAGUGCCGAUGAGGGUACUACAGUUUUUUACCGAUGUGUUUGUGGUUUUAAGGAAACUGUUAAUAACUAG